CAUUACAAAGCAAUUAUGGCUCAUCAGUUAUCAUGUAUUUCGCGAAUAGUUAAGUGUUAAAAAUGUAUCGCAUUUUAUUUAUUUUAGGUUCCCUUAUAUCGGUAGAAUGCCAAGUGUGUACCAAGAGAGUAAUGAGUAGUCGAUGGGUUCCACAAACUUAUGUUAAGACGUACAGGGAAAAUUAUCGCGCCCAAUGCUGGUAUGGUAGUUGCACGCGGACAAGGGUAGCUACCUAUGUAGACAGCAAGUGGGUCCAGAAAGUUGUUGUCGAAAAUAAGAAGACGUGUUGCGAUGGUUAUAUUCAAAUGGACGAUGACGAAUUAGAAGACAACAUUCAAUGUAAUCCUAUUUGUAUACCAGCUUGUAAAAAUGGCUAUUGUGAUAAACCAGGAGAAUGCAAGUGCAACAAUGGUUACUUCUUUAAACCCCACAGCACCUAUGAAUGCCUGCCGUCCUGUCAAAACGAUUGUGGAAGAGGCCAUUGUAGCGCCCCAGAAACAUGUGAAUGUGACUUUGGAUACGUUUUUCAAAACAAUACAUGUCAACCAAUUUGCAAUGAGCCCUGUAUAAAUGGGACUUGCAUUGCACCAGACACCUGUGAAUGUAAUAUUGGCUAUCGGAAGUCAGAGGAUAACACUUGUGCCCCAUACUGUUCUAAGGGAUGCACACACGGAACAUGUGUUAGCCCAGAAGUUUGCCAAUGCGUGGCUGGAUUCAAAAAGUCUGAAGAUGAAUGUGUACCACAUUGUGAUAGUGAUUGUGGAUAUGGUAAUUGUACUGCACCAAACGAAUGUACAUGUAAUGAAGGAUAUAAAGUAGAAAAUAUAACUUGUAUACCGCAUUGCAAUGGCACCUGCGAUCAUGGCAAAUGUAUUGCUCCAAAUACGUGUGAAUGCGAUGAAGGUUGGUCUAAUGUUUUUGGCGUUUGUCAACCAAUUUGUUCAAUCCCUUGUCAAAAUGGUGCUUGUAUUGGUCCAGAUGAGUGCCUGUGUGAUACUGGGUAUGUGAAAGCUGAAAAUGGUUCAUGCACUCCCUAUUGUGCAGAAUGUGAUCAUGGCAAAUGUAUUGCUCCAAAUACGUGUGAUUGUGACGAAGGUUGGUCCAAUGUUUCUGGUGUUUGUCAACCAAUUUGUUCAAUCCCUUGUCAAAAUGGUGCUUGUAUUGGUCCAGAUGAGUGCCUGUGUGAUACUGGGUAUGUGAAAGCUGAAAAUGGUUCAUGCACUCCCUAUUGUGCAGAAUGUGAUCAUGGCAAAUGUAUUGCUCCAAAUACGUGUGAUUGUGACGAAGGUUGGUCCAAUGUUUCUGGUGUUUGUCAACCAAUUUGUUCAAUCCCUUGUCAAAAUGGUGCUUGUAUUGGUCCAGAUGAGUGCCUGUGUGAUACUGGGUAUGUUAAAGCUGAAAAUGGUUCCUGCACUCCCUAUUGUGCAGAAUGUGAUCACGGCAAAUGUAUUGCUCCAAAUACGUGUGAAUGCGACGAAGGUUGGUCCAAUGUUUCUGGUGUUUGUCAACCAAUUUGUUCAAUCUCUUGUCAAAAUGGUGCUUGUAUUGGUCCAGAUGAGUGCCUGUGUGAUACUGGGUAUGUUAAAGCUGAAAAUGGUUCCUGCACUCCCUAUUGUGCAGAAUGUGAUCAUGGAAGAUGUGUCGCUCCAGAUAUUUGUGAAUGUGAUGAUGGUUGGGUUAAAAAUGGCUCAAGCUGUACUGCGUUAUGUAAAACACCUUGUGGGCAUGGCUUUUGUGUGCAACCAAAUGUGUGCAAUUGUUAUUCAGGAUAUAAACAAGGCAUUCGGGCAUUAGGUGAAAUUUGUGUCCCUGACUGUGACUUAUGUAAUAAUACAUGUGUGGAACCUGAAUGUGUGUGUGAUUACCCAUGUUGUACCAGUGUGGAUUGUAUUAAAAUUUAUCGCACGGACGGGAAAACGACAGUAGAAGACAGUACGUCUAAGGAAAAUACUACAAAAAGUACCAACUACUUGAAUACAACGAGUAUAGAUUAUGAUGAUGAUGAUAUUUCAACUGACAAUAUUUCGACCACAGACAAUGAAGAACUAUUAAAACAAACAAAAGACGAGCAUGCAGGAUAUCCAUACUGGGUCUAUUUUCUUCUCCUAGGCCUAAUUUUAUUAGCACCAUUUUCUGUUUAUAUUAUAAUUUUCGCAAGCAGGAAAAAGAUGCAGCACUGGUUUAAGGGUGGCAGCUAUGAAAUAGAUGAUCGCUACCCUCAAUGCAAGGAUUUGACAAUACCUCAAGCUACGUCUGGCAGCUUGUCUUCGAUUAUUUCAUAUUCUGAUAUUAAGAACAGAAAAGAAGCAGUUGUAGGAUUAUGAUUAAAUAAUGGGAAAAGAAUUAUAUUCAGUGAUAAUUAGGACUUACUACGAAUAAAUUGUCAUGGUAUUUAAAGUUUUAGUAAACAUUUACAUUAAUUUUAAUAGGUUUUUUAAAGUACGGCCAUCUAUACGACAUGUUUAAAAACUAAAUAAAUGUGGCCAACUGACUGAUAAAGUAGUACCGACCAUUGUCACUAGAUGGCAAUAUAAUUUAUUCAGCAUAUUAGUAUA